CACACCUGAUUCCACUGUGGCCAACGAGGAGAGGCCUAAGGGGCGUUGACUGAAAGAGGGACGAAGACUGCAUCAGCCUCACCUACACCUGCCAGGAAACACACAGAAAACUUUUUCUUUCACACAGCCCAGACAGACAGAACAUCAAACAUACGGACAUAGAUACAUCAAUAGGAAUGGAUAAAUUUGCAAGCAUCAUUGGGGAGAAAAUGGGAGACAUGGUGGAGAAGGCAGUUAAGAAGGCUCUGGGUGCUGAUGACGAGGAAGAUGAAGACAAAGACAAGAAUAAAGGAAUCCUUUCAAUUUUCGGGGGCGAUGACGACAAGGACAAAGACAAGGACAAAGGAGGACUUUUCUCUUUUGGAGAUGACAAGAAGAAAGACGAGGACAAGGGGGGAUUCUUCUCAAAAAUCUUUGACAAAGACGACGAUAAGGGGGAAGAGAAACCAUCGGGAUUCCAUGGUCUCUUCAUUGAACAAGGAGCUGCUGCUGGAGGUGGUGGGGGACAAAUCGUAGCAGGAAGUGAAGGAGGAGGUGGUGGAGGGAUGAAAGGACAAACUAUAGGAGUAAAUGAUGGAGAUUUGUUCGAUGAUCUGAUGGAUGUGGCUGCGGAAACCUCCAAAGGAAAGUGAAACAAGAGAACCUGCAACCAUUAAUGGACUUUUGCUUCAUUCUUCCUUACCUGUAAACAGAACAUACCUACCAUGAUAUUUAAGAGUUUAUUUUUUCACAUUUAAUGCUUGUGUUCUCUCUGGAAACUCAACAGUCAGUUUUAGUGCCUCCUUAAAAAUUUGAAGCAUGCAGUAUAGCAAGAUGAAAAUGUAGCCCCAUUGUGCCUCAAACACUCUGACAGCUUCUGUCUUUUAGCUCACUCUGUAGAUCCAUUAAGUCUGUAUGAAACACAAAAUGUUUUCUGUUUUUGCUGUAGUUAAAAGUGUGACAUAUUUGUUUUUAAGUAAAUUUCCAACAUUACUGAUGCUUGUUUAAUUUUUGUGUGUGACCUACUGAGCUGGAUAUAGGAAAGGAUUACUUUGGUUCUUCUGCUGUAACGAGUCAUGUGCUGCAAGGUUUUGCUGGAGUGAAGCUAACUUCUUCCUAACUCCAGUUCCACAGACAUUAUUUUAAAAAAUGUAAUUCACUUCAAUUAAAUCUAAAAGAGUACAAGGUAUAACUUCAAAGAGUAGCAGCUCUGCUAAUUGGUUAUAUUUAAUGAUUGAUGACAAAUGUGUGGGCCAAAAACAAUAAAAUCCAAGCCACAAGCACAAGAAGGUCAGAAUUAAAAUGAUACAUAUCUAAAAGUUAACAACUCGGCAUGCUUGUCUGAAGUACUGACCUAGUAAGAAAAGCAUUGCUGGCCAUCUGCUGGCACAAAAUUGUAAUGCAGAGCUGGGUGUAAGAAUAACAGGAUGUGACUUAAAAGGCAACAGUGAAUUGUAAAUUACUAAUAAAAUAUGAACCUGU